UAUCGAAAAUAUUAUCUGUCUUUGACAGAAAAUUAAUGGAAAACCCCUAAAAAGAGUGGCAAGAAACUAGAGGAGGGAUGCUGAAUUUUGUGAAACUGAAUAAUUUCAGUGAUGACUUUUCCUAUCUCGACAGGGUUCUCCUUUUUUUUUUUUAUAUUAUUGCCCUUUUCGUCUCUCUUCUUCUAGAUGAGCCGUAGCCUGAAACGACCCACCAUUACUGCUGUUGUAGCCAAAGCCCUUCUUCUAUUGCCUCCCUCCCUUGUGCACCUAUACGACAAAUCCACCCACUUCGUAUUCCCUCUCCUCCGCCGUUUUCUGUUCGGAGCUAUUCACUUUAUGGAGUCCCUACUUUUCACCAACGACGACGAUGACUUCCUCUCCACCCCCUUCGAGCCGUCUUUCGUACCCUCUUCGUUCACCGACCCCGUUGAAUCGAUGUACCUUGUUUCCUUCAGGUGGUGGAAGGAGGCUGUGUGCGGUGGCGGCGCGGUCGACGGGAUGAAUGGAGUUGAAGGUGUGCUGUAUGACGCGACUGUGCGAAUGAAUGGCGGUGACGAGGUUAAUUGCGACGGGGAGGUUGUUGUUGGGGGGUUUGGGGAUUCUGAGAUUUUGGUGGGCAUGAGGAGAGAAGGGGAGACUUUGAUUAGCGGAGAAGAAGGGGUUUCUGGUGGCGUUGAGGAUUUGGCAUUGGUGUCGGAAUGGAUGUUCUUCACUGCUCUUAAGUGGCAUUACGAUAGGAUGGAUGUAGUAGAUGAUUCGUCAUUUCCUAGAGAAGAUAGUGUACAAGAUGCAUUCGCUAUACAGAUCAGAAUUUUUUUUGCAAGUGAAAUAGAUCAAUUGGUCAUAAAGAUCAUCAGAAAGGACAAUGAAGCUGGAGCUUUCCACAGAGUUUGCCAGAUAUUCUGUAGGAAGUCUGAAAUGUUGCAAAUAUGGGACUUUUCAGGACAGACAAAUCAAUUUUUUAUUGAACAAAGAUCAUCCGUGAGUCUGGGGCAAUCAGUUAAGGAGGUUCUCUUGGAGUUGCAAGUUUAUGACUCACUGCGUACCAUCAUGGACAGUGAAUGGAGGAAAACAGAUAUGAUGGUUGAUCAGUCUAUGGCUGAUGGUCCCUCAUCUAGUUCGUCACUUAGAAGGAAUGGGACUGUUGAUAAAGUGCACUCUUCCUCUAGAGUUGGUAGUGUAUUUUCAGUCACCGGGGCUUUGGGCUUGACUGGAUUGUAUAAUCUUGGAAAUACUUGUUUCAUGAACAGUGCUAUCCAGUGCUUGGCGCAUACGCCUAAGCUUGUUGAUUAUUUCCUAGGAAACUUCCGGAAAGAUCUCAACUUUGAAAAUCCACUGGGCAUGAACGGCAAGCUUGCUAUAGUAUUUGGGGACUUACUAAGGAAGUUGUGGGCUCCAGGGGCGGCAACAGUAUCUCCAAGGAUAUUCAAGUCAACCAUCUCUAAGUAUUCUCCCCAAUUUAGUGGUUACAACCAGCAUGAUUCCCAAGAAUUUCUCUCUUUUUUAUUGGAUGGGCUCCAUGAAGAUCUCAAUCGUGUGAAAAGUAAACCUUACAUACAGGCGAAAGAUGAUGAUGACCGUCCAGAUGAGGUUGUGGCAGAUGAAUACUGGUCAAACCAUUUGUCCCGAAAUGAUUCAAUCAUAGUUGAUUUAUGUCAGGGUCAAUAUCGAUCAACACUUGUUUGUCCGGUGUGCAAGAAGUCUUCAGUAACAUUUGAUCCAUUCAUGUAUUUGUCGUUACCCCUUCCUUUCUCAACUCUGCGGAAGAUGACUUUGACAGUGUUGAACACUGAUGGGACGACUCUGCCACAUCCUGUUACAAUAUCAGUACCCGACAAUGGGACCUUAAAAAAUCUUGUUGAGGCACUUGGUACAGCAUGUUCAUUAAGGGAUAAUGGAACAUUGUUAAUUGCUGAGAUAUACAACAAUUCAAUCCUCCGUGUUCUGGAUGACCUUGAUGAUUCUAUAGAGCUUAUUCGAGACUAUGAUCAACUAGUUGUGUAUAGAUUGCCAAAAGACAUGGAUGACUCUCCCUUGGUCGUGUUUAUGCAUCAGCAGGAGGGCAGGAGGUUCGGCAUUCCACUUGUAGCAAGGAUGCCUCAUUUCUCUCAAGGAUCUGAAAUGCAUGAGUUUUUUUGUAAACUCAUCAAUCCAUUUUUGUUGGCUGGUGCUGAGUUCUUGAGUGAAGAUGCUUCACAAGAAAAUAACACCCAAGAUGGCGAGGUGGUGGAUGGCACACAAUUGAAUCAAGCUGUAAAUUCAAUUAAUGAAACUGAAAGUGAUAUGGAAACUUCUCAUGAUUUUGAGUUUUAUAUGGAGUUUGGCAAUGCCAAAGUGAUGAUGGAUGAACCUAUACCCAUGUCAUAUCCUGAUAAUCCACUCAAAGUGAUUGUUACUUGGCCAGAGAAUAUGAUUCGUCGAUAUGAUACCUCAAUCCUUAGCCUGCUGCCCGAAGUCUGUAAGCCUGCCCUGUCAUUGAAGUGGAAUCAGGAUUCUAUUUCACUCUACAAAUGUGUCGAUGCAUUUCUGAAAGAGGAGCCUCUUGGACCAGAUGACAUGUGGUAUUGCCCAAAAUGCAAGGAGCGUAGGCAGGCCAGCAAAAAGCUGGAUCUAUGGAGGUUACCGAAGAUCCUGGUCAUUCAUUUAAAGAGAUUUUCAUACACCAGAUUCUUGAAGAACAAGUUGGAAAGCUUUGUUGAUUUCCCAGUCGAAGACUUUGACCUCUCUGACUAUGUAAUCCAGAAUAACGAUGGGGUUUGCCAUCGCUACAGGCUGUAUGCUAUAAGUAACCAUUACGGCGGCAUGGGCGGUGGACAUUAUACAGCGUUUACCAAAAAUAGGCUGAGCCAGUGGUAUGAGUUCGACGACAGCCAUGUCUUCCCGGUCAGCGAGGACCAGAUAAAGACACAAGCUGCCUACGUUCUCUUUUACAAGAGAAUCUAAUUUGGUUUGCUGACACAGUACGAGGUACCCAGGCAGGGAGCGCACACAGCAGUUUGUCCCACCCAUUGUUUCGAGAUGGCAUGGGAGACUGUUUCUGGGAAGGGAUUGAUUUGCUGAAGAUGAGAUCGAUGAUCUGUACAUAUUCUUGUUUGUCACCAUCUUACAAGAAUGGAUUCUUUGGACAGAGGGGCGAUUGGGAGGUCGUUCAAAAUGGUUUGCAGGUGGCGAUAGAUGAAUACAUACAUGUAUACUUUUGCCCAGAACAUACUUGGGAUAAUUGUACAUAACUAUCUCAGAUGAAUACAAUGGGCAAAAUCUUGCUACUUUUUUUGCCUGUUCUUGAAAAUCUUCAUCACCAAUUCACAGCUGCUGCCAUUGGAUUGGAUUUUAUAUCCAUCGUUUUGAGAUUUGAAAAUUAUGCGACAUGUAAACUAUCA